UAAACGCCUGUGACUGAUGUCAGCCGCGACGAGAUGCUGCUGAUGGUUUUUUCCUUUCAUCCUUCUUGGUUCGCAACAAAACAUUGUUUCGUGUUUUUCGAUAUUUUAGCCGUAAAAGUGUUAAGUUUAUCCUUAAAACCUUCAUCAAACUGUUCUGUAGUAUGUGCGUCUGCUAAGGUGUAACCGAUUGCGUCCCGGCGAGCAGUGAAAGUUGGCAAAACAGCACUUUUCGAGACAGCUUGGUGAAUCCUCCAAAAAGAUUGUGCCUCCCUGCCUGGACAGAAAUAAUGGCCCGAGAAUACGAUCAUUUGUUUAAGCUUCUCAUCAUCGGUGAUAGUGGUGUGGGCAAAUCUUCCCUUUUGAUACGUUUCUCAGACAACACAUUCUCCGGCAGUUACAUAACAACCAUAGGUGUCGAUUUCAAAAUACGGACAGUGGUCAUAAACGGUGAACGCGUCAAGUUACAAAUAUGGGAUACUGCUGGACAGGAACGAUUUAGAACUAUAACAAAUACUUAUUACCGAGGAACUCAUGGUGUUAUAGUGGUAUACGAUGUAACCAAUGGCGAAUCAUUUGCCAAUGUGAAACGCUGGCUUCAGGAAAUUGAAGCUAAUUGUGACGUAGUGAACAAAGUUCUAGUCGGAAAUAAAAAUGACGACCCCGCCAGGAAGGUUGUGAUCACCGAAGACGCGCAACGUUUUGCGAACCAGAUGGAUAUACAGCUUUUCGAAACCUCAGCCAAAGACAAUAUAAACGUAGAGGAAAUGUUUCUAGCCAUCACCGAGCAAGUGUUAAGGCAUAAAAAGCAAACGCAAAAAACAGGUUCAAUCGGAUCAAAGCAACGACACCGUCAAUCUGCGCAAAGGAGCCAACAUAAAGAAAAAGAACAAAUGUUGCUAGUACUAUCACGUGUUUGGUUGAUAUGUGUUAGCAGGUAAAAAAAUGUAACAUCCGGCAAAUGAGGGGGAAUAAGAGCUGAACGCAUACAAUACACUCUGUAAUUAUAUAAAUGCUAUCUAAUAUAUUUAUACUGAUUACGAUAUCAAACACUGUAGCAAAUAGACGCCAAUUUUUAACCCGUG